UCUUUUGACAGAUUGACAGGAUUUAGGUACUUGUGAUGAAAAAUCUAGUUUAUUGGUCUCUGAUGAAAAAUAAGAAGGAAUUGGUUAUUGGGAAGGAUAACUCAUCAUAUCAUAAUACUAUCAUCUAUGCCGGUCAUCUGCGUUUUGAGUGGCAUUCAAUUUACAGAUUUCUCAGACCUCAGUUGUAUUAGCAAAAUAAGUAUUUCAUUAAUUAGAACUUACAAAAUAUAUAUAUUGAAUUUGUCAGCUAGUCUAGAUUUUCAAUUAUGAACAAUUAAUUUUUAAAUUUAAAAAUACGUAGACCAUUUUUUUAGAUUGCGUAAAUAAGUAAAAAAAUUGUCAGUUACAAUAUAAUGGCUGCAUGCAAAGUCCUGUGUGCGCGGUUCGUAGCGAUACACUUUCACCCCGCGGGGCCGGUUCGCCGCGCACAAGUUACGAUCAAUGGCCGUCAAGUCACCGCCCGUAACGCAAGUGUGUCCUCAACAACGUCUAUAAGGAAAAUGGCUGAUAAAUUAACGCAAGAAGAUCGUGACACUCAGCUUCAGCCUCUUCUUAAAAGUGGAUGGAAAGUGCAAAGCAAUAGAGAUGCAAUCGAAAAGGAGUUUAAGUUCAAGAAUUUCAAUGAAGCAUUUGGUUUUAUGACUAGAGUGGCUUUGUUAGCUGAAAAAAUGGAUCAUCAUCCUGAGUGGUUCAAUGUUUAUAAUAAACUCCAGGUAACACUAUCAUCUCAUGAUGUGGAGGGUUUAAGCAAAAGAGAUAUCAAAAUGGCUACAUUUAUGGAUAAUAAUUAUCAAUGUGCAUAAUACAAAUAGGUAUUUUAAGAAAACAAUAUUAUGUUCUAUCAUGUAUUUUAUUGCUUGAAAUGUAUAAUAUUUUAUUAUAUGUACAGAUGUAGCACUGACAAAGUAUCUUUGUUUUUUUUUAAUUAUUGCUAUAAGAUAAGCAAGUAAAAAUUCUAUUAUCAGUACGUAAACAAUUAAUGUGAAGUUUAUUAAUUAAAGCAAUAAAAAAUUCAACAAA